AUGUGGUUCCUGCCCCGGGGCAGCGAGGGCAGGGUUAAUGCUUUGGGAAUACGCAAAAGCACUCACGUGAGGUUUUCCUCAGGGAUUUCUGGGUGCAAAGGGUUCACGGAAGACGUCCUGACCCUGAUGUCCAUGGCAGCUCGCAUCUACAAGCAUCCCAGCCUGAAGAACUCCAUCAACCUGGUGGUGGUGAAGGUGCUGGUGGUGGAGGAGGCGACAGCGGGGCCGGAGGUGUCCGACAACGGCGGGCUCACCCUGCGCAACUUCUGUAGCUGGCAACAAAGGUUCAACCCCCCGAGCGAUCGACACCCGGAGCAUUACGACACGGCCAUCCUGCUGACCAGACAGGACUUCUGCGGACACCAAAGCUGCGACACGCUGGGAGUGGCGGAUAUCGGCACCAUGUGCGACCGCAACAAAAGCUGCUCGGUGAUUGAGGAUGAGGGUCUGCAAGCAGCCUACACCUUGGCUCAUGAACUGGGCCAUGUCCUCAGCAUGCCCCACGACGACUCCAAGACCUGCGAGCGGCUUUUCGGGCCCCUCGGCAAGCACCAUAUGAUGGCCCCUCUUUUCAUCCACUUGAACAAGACCCAGCCCUGGUCUCCUUGCAGCGCCAUGUACCUCACCGAGUUCCUGGACGGAGGGCACGGUGACUGCUUGCUCGAUGCUCCGGCCGACCCCAUCUCCCUGCCCGUCGAGCUGCCCGGCCAGGGAACCCUGUACAGCCUGGACCAGCAAUGCCAGCAGAUAUUUGGCAAAGACUUCCAGCACUGCCCCAACACCACGGAGGAGGAUAUCUGUGCCCAACUCUGGUGCAGGACCGGCAGCGGGGAAACUCUUUGCCAUACCAAGAACGGCAGCUUGCCGUGGGCUGAUGGCACCCCUUGCAAAGCCGGCGGGCUGUGCUGGGACGGUCGCUGCGUGCCGCAGGAUGCCCUGAAGCCCCAGCCGGUGGUAGACGGUGGCUGGGGCCCGUGGAGCCCCUGGGGUUCCUGCUCCCGGACCUGCGGCGGUGGGGUGCAGUUCUCCUACCGUCACUGCGACAGCCCCAAGCCCCAGCACGGUGGCAAGUACUGCGAGGGCCAGCGUGCCAAGUACCAGUCCUGCCACACCGACGAGUGCCCGCCGGACGGGAAAAGCUUUCGGGAGCAGCAGUGUGAGAAGUACAACAGCUACAACUUUACGGAUCUGGAAGGGAAUCGCCUGGAGUGGGUUCCCAAGUACGCAGGAGUGUCACCCCGAGACCGAUGCAAGCUCUUUUGCCGAGCCAGAGGGAGAAACGAAUUUAAAGUCUUCGAGGCCAAAGUGAUCGACGGGACGCUGUGUGGACCAGAGACCCUCUCCAUCUGCGUCCACGGGCAGUGCAUCAAGGCUGGCUGCGAUCACGUAGUCGGAUCCUCCAAGAAGCUGGACAAGUGCGGGGUGUGCGGCGGCAACGGCUCGACUUGCAGGAAAAUAACCGGCUCGCUUAACCGAUCCAAAUACGGCUACAACGACAUCGCCACCCUCCCCGCCAUCGACAUCAAACAGCGCAGCCACCGAGGGGUCCGUCAUGAUGGGAAUUACCUGGCCCUGAGGACCCUCGAGGGCAAGUACCUGUUGAACGGAGACUUUGCCAUCUCCGCCAUGGAGCAGGACAUCCUCAUUAAGGGGACCAUCCUGAAAUACAGCGGCUCUAUGACGACCCUGGAGAGGCUGCAGAGCUUUCAACAGCUCCCGGAGCCCCUGACUGUCCAGCUGUUGACCAUCGCCAGCGAGGUCUUCCCACCAAAAGUCAAGUACACCUUCUUCAUCCCCAAGGAUGUCCCUUUCAGCAAGCAGAAAGGCAAAGAGAAGAAGUCGGCCAAUGUCAUCCGACCGAUGCUGACCUCCCAGUGGGUCCUGGGUGACUGGUCCGAGUGCUCCAAGACCUGUGGCUCUGGCUGGCAAAGGCGGACGGUGGAUUGCCGGGAUGUGGAGGGUCAAACCUCCUCCGCCUGCGACAGAGCCCUCAAGCCCGAGGACAUCAAGCCCUGCGGAGACGUCCCCUGCCCGCUCUGGCGCCUGGGUCCCUGGUCCCCUUGCUCCCAAACUUGCGGCGAAGGCGUGCGGACGCGCAACGCCUCUUGCAUCGAUUACGCCG